AUGUAUGCGCCGUUCUGGGCGAUUACAGGAAAGCCUUGGAAUGCCACGAGAAACAGCUCAGUAUUGCCCAAAAAAGUGAAAGACAAAACUGCCGAGGAACGUGCUUAUGGAAAUCUCGGUAACGUAUAUUAUCACCUAUGUGACUUCAGAAGAGCCAUUGACUUCUACAACCUUCAGCUCAGUUUUGCCAAAGAAGUGGGACAAAAGACUGAAGGAGACUCCUACGGUAAUCUUGGCAAAGCUUAUUACCAAUUCUCUGAAUUCAAAAGAGCCAUAGCCUUUCACAACUUACAUCUUGCGAUCGCCAUAGGGGUGGGAGACAAGGCUGAAGAAGGAAGGGCACUUGGAAAUCUUGGCGCUGUUUAUGCCGCUCUCGGUGAUUUCAAAAAGGCCACAGACUACCAUAUACUCCAUCUUCGUCUCGUCAAAGAGGAGGGAGAAAAGGUCAGCACAUUGUCGCAUGGAAAAUGGUGA